AUGGGCGUCCCUGGUGGUAAGAAGAGGAUCGCAAUCAUUGCCGUCUCCUCGGUGUUUCUGGUGGCCAUGGUGAUUGGUGCGGUGGUUGGUGUUGUCCAAUAUAAGAAAGAGGUGAAACACGUAGGUGGAGUUGGAGAUGAAGACGAUGACUCUACACCAGGAGAUAUAAACACCUCCGAUUCAUCAAAGGCAAUUGUAGCCAUUUGCCAGCCCACUGACUACCAACAAGAAUGCGAGAAGAGUCUGGAAAAGGAGGUCGGAAAUGACAAAGACCCGAAAGAGCUUGCAAGAGCCGGGAUACAGGUGGCCAUUAACAAAAUGGAUGAGGCUAUAAGGACAACCAUAAUCUUUAAAAAUCAGGCCAAAGAUCCCAUGAUCGAACAAGCUCUUAGUAUCUGCAAGCACUUGUUGAAUGCUUCCAUGUACGAUUUGAAAAUUUCAUACAAUAAAAUGGGUGCAAUAGAUCUCGAUAAGGUUGAUGAGUACGCAGAAGAUGUGAGGGUUUGGCUGAGUGGGGCUGUCAGUCACCAAGACACUUGCGUUGAAGCAUUUGAGAACACAACCGGUGAUAUCGGCAAGAAAAUGAAGGAAAUCUUGGAGAUACCUCAUGAACGCACUAGCAAUGCGCUUUCCAUGGUCACUGAAACCACCAAGGCCUUGAACUCUCUUAAUUUCAAAUCCAACGCACGCCGGCUCCUGGCCUCAUCACCGCCAUCCAAUAAUAACAACAAUAAUAAGAAUAAUCAACAAAAGCAGCCAGGCACCAAAACCGAUCACCCUUCUUGGCUCACUGGUCGUAAGUUGGAUCUUCUGAAAGCUACGCCUGAAACCCUUAAGCCCAACGUGACAGUGGCUCAAGAUGGGAGCGGCAAGUUUAAAACUAUCAACGAAGCUUUGAAGUUGGUCCCAAAGAAGAGCGACGACUUGUUUGUGAUUUACGUGAAGGAGGGAGUGUACAAAGAAAAUGUGACGAUUGAAGGUACGAUGGAAAAUGUUGUGAUGAUUGGUGAUGGCCCUACUAAGACCAAGAUCUCUGGUAACAAAAGCUUCACCGGCGGAAUCAAAACAAUGAACACUGCAACAGUUGCUGUAGUUGGAAACUUUUUUGUUGCCAAGGACAUAGGGUUUGAGAACACAGCCGGAGCGGAAGGGCACCAAGCGGUGGCGCUGCGAGUUCAAUCUGACUUCUCCAUCUUCUACAACUGCAAAAUUGACGGGUACCAAAACACCCUGUACGUCCAAGCCUACAGGAAUUACUUCCGGGACUGCAACAUCACUGGCACCGUCGACUUCAUCUUCGGUGAUGCGGUGUCGCUCUUCCAGAACUGUAGGAUGGUGGUGAGGAAGCCAAAGGACGGCCAGGCCUGCAUCGUCACAGCUCAAGGAAGAACAGACAAGAAUGAGGUCACCGGAAUCGUGAUCCAAAACUGCACCAUCGGCGCCGACCCAGAGAACAAGAAUAACAUCAAGGCAUACCUAGGUCGGCCAUGGAAGAAUUACGCAAGAACCAUCAUCAUGCAGUCACAGAUCGAUGAUGUGAUUCAACCUGAAGGGUACCUACCUUGGGAUGGCGCCAAGUUCCACAUGACGUCAUUAUUCGGGGAGUACAACAACACGGGAUCUGGUGCUGACAUGUCCGGUAGAGCCAAAUGGCCUAGCAUCAAGAAGCUUGAUGAUAAACAUGCUAAAGCCUACAGCGGUGGAAAGUGGUUUGAGAGUGAUAAGUGGAUUAAACCUAGCGGAGUACCUUUUGAUUCUGGCAUGAUGGAAGCUUAG